AUGCGGACACAGUCUGAGUGUGGGGAGAGCAUAGCAGGAACGCGGGAUCCAAUGGCCUACAGAGGGAUCCAUGCACAGGACACAGUCCAUCCCUGGGGUAAACUCAGCCAGAGACCAGACCUGGCUACACACCAGAGACACCCCAUGGGCUGGUGUCCCCAUCACUGCAUUGACUGCAGCAAGAGGUUCAGCAACCCCUCUGCGCUGACCCAGCACCAGCACAUGCACACCAGGAAGCGGCAGCACCACUGCGCUGACUGUGGCAAGAGCUUUGCAGAGAGCUCAAAGCUGAGUAUACCUCAGCACACUCACACCGGGGACUGGCCGUAUCAGUGCACCAACUGUGGCAAGAGCUUUGCACACAACUCAAGCCUGACAAUACACCAGCGCGCACACAUUGGGCAGCGGUCACACUGCUGCACCGACUGCAACAAGGGCUUUGCACAGAUCAGACAUCUGAGAAUACAGCAGCGCACACACACUGGGGAGCGGCCGUACUGCUGUGAUGAGUGUGGCAAGAGUUUCAUCAUUGCCACUGCGCUGACCAAACACCAGCGCAUGCACACAGGGGAGCGGCUGCACCACUGCGCUGAGUGCGGCAACUGCUUCGCACAAAUCUCACAACUGAGAAUGCACCAGCGCGCUCACAUGGGGGAGUGGCCGUAUCAGUACACCAACUGCGGCAAGAGCUUUGCACGCAAUUCAAGCCUGAGAAUACACCAGCGCACACACACUGGGGAGAGGUCACACCACUGCACCGACUGUGGCAAGGGCUUUGCACACAACUCAAGCCUGAGAAUACACCAGUGCGCACACACCGUGGAAUGA